AUGGCCCUAGGGUUUAUCCAGCCCCUAAGUGAAGACGAAGAUCUUGAAGACGCCGGCUAUGAGUAUUUCAAGUAUCUGGUUUGGAGAUCAUUUCUUGAUUGUGAAUCAAUGGAUUAUUUAGGUAAGUGUUGGUUCACAAUGCAUGAUCUCAUGCAUGAUCUUGCAUACUCUGUUGCUGGAGAAGAGUAUUGCAUUGUGGGUUUGAAAACAGAAAAUGUAAAUGGAAGAAGUCGCCAUGUUUCAUUUGACGCUCAUUUAGUUUCCCCUUUGGAAAUUCGGAACACCUUACUUAGAGCAACCAAAGUGAGGUCUUUUGCUGGAAAUAUGAAUUUGCCAUUGUUUCUUCAGUAUUAUAUCGCUCCAAUAGCCAAUUGUAAGUAUCUGCGCAUGUUGGAUUUGUCUGGCUCAAAUAUUAAGAUGUUACCGCAUUCCACUGGAAACUUGAAGCAUCUAAAGGCUCUUUAUCUUUCUAAUAUUAAAUCUCUAUUAAAAUUGCCUAGUUCAUUGCCGAGGCUUCAACUCUUGGAAACAUUAGAUCUCGAUUGGUGCAGUAGCCUUAGAACAUUGCCGAGCAAAACAAGCAGAUUAGUCAGCCUCAAGCAUCUUCAACUUGAAGGUUGUGCUGAAUUGGAUUACAUGCCACGUGGACUUGGGAAACUAACUCGCCUGCAAAAAUUAUCUUGGUUUGUUGUGGGGAGAACAACAGGGGAGGUGAGGAUGAAACGGUCCUUGAAUGCCUCCAACCACACCAAAUCUAGAGAAGCUGCUGGUGAUAGGGUAUCCAGGAAGCAAGAUGUCAAGCUGCAUCUGCCACCAUUGCAUCAGUUGUAUUCCCUCAAAGUUAUUCAGCUUUCAAGAUUAGAAGCUUUGGAGAAUGUUUCAGAGACUGAAAUGCAAGAAGAGUUGGUUUCGGGGAAAUCAACAACAAUAUUUUUUCCAUCCUUGGAAGAACUACAGAUAGAUGAUUGCCCAAAUUUUAAAGGAUGGUGGAAGGGUGAUGUUGGUGAAGCUUCAAAUCCACACUUGCCGUGCUUUCCUUGCCUUUCACAUUUAACUAUCAAUCAUUGCCCUAAUCUAACCACUAUGCCAUUGUUUCCAUCUGUUACGGAGUUGGAGUUGAAAAAUACCAGCUCAAAGCCAUUCCAAGAGACAAUGAAGUUGAAGCUGACAAAAAUAGAAGCACCAUCAUCAAUUCUAGAUCCUCGCUCCAGACUGGAAUAUCUGUACAUUGAUGAGGUCAAAGAUCUUGGUUCUAUGUCAUCAUUGCAUCAGUUGUAUUCCCUAAAAGUUAUUAGGCUUUCAAGAUUAGAAGCUUUGGAGAAUGUUUCGAAGAUUGAAAUGCAAGAGGAGUUGGUUUCAGGGAAAUCAACAACAAUAUUUUUUCCAUCCUUGGAAGAACUACAGAUAGAUGAUUGCCCAAAUCUUAAAGGAUAG